AUGGACAUUCGGUAUAUUAUCGUUCUUAUUGUUUUUAUAUUCUCCUACUGCUUAACAAUGGACAAUGAGAUUGUUGGUACUCCAGUGGUGGAUUGUGAGGACACAGUGGUUUCAUUGACAUUUAAAACUCGCAAGCCAUUCACGGGACGAGUGUUUGUUCGAGGUUUGGCUGAUGAUGUUCGUUGUUCACGAAAUUUUGCCAAAAAUAUAGAUCGGAAGAAAUUUUCGUUAAUUAUCCAGAAUGGUGAUUGUACUAUGCAAAGACAAAGGGUGGCUGGAAAAUUGGAAGGCAUUAUGUUUUCGUUGACGAUUGUUAUAUCAUUCCACAGCACAUUUGUUACCAGGACCGAUCGAGCCUAUAGAUGUAUGUGUUUCUUUCGAAAUAUAAAGCAUAUAACUAGUUCCAUUGAUAUGUCGCCAAUCGUCACUACUGAGCUUCUGGACACUGCUAAAAUGCCUACAUGUACGUAUACAAUACAUUCCAAUUCUGCAGAUGGUCCGCCAGUCGUUUUUGGACAAGUAGGCGAAAAAAUAUACCAUGUUUGGAAAUGCGAUAAUGACGAACAAGGAUUCCUUGUACAUUCGUGUUAUGUAAAUGAUGGCCGGACUGCUCGAUUUGAUCUAAUUGACUUAAAUGGUUGUGCACUUGAUACGAUCAUUCAACCUGAUAUUCAAUAUGACGCAAGCUUGACGCGAGCCGUCGUCGAAACAUGGGGUUAUAAAUUCAGUGAUACAUCUGUGUUGAACUAUCAAUGUGUAAUUGAACUAUGUAAAAAAUCUGCCGGUGAAUGUGAAGGAUUAACACCGCCAUUUUGCGGGAGAACGAAACGUGAUAUUAAAGCAGUAAAAAGUAACCUGAAAAAUUCUUCAUUAUCCAGUCGAAGUGAAAUUGACGUUAUCGCCGCUGUUGAUAUGUUUGACACUAUCAAUGAAGAUAAAAUAGCCGAUCCACAUUCCAAGGAUUUCAUCAAAAAAAUAACCGAAGUAUAG